AUGGCUGAUCUCAACGAUCCCAAACAGUCUGCCGUCGACAAUGCAGCCUUCAACAGCAUUCGAGAUGCGGCCAAAGCUACACAAGCCGAGCACGAAAUGGGAUUUCUUGAAUCUCUCAAGGUGUAUCGCAAAGGUGUAGCCUGGUCCAUCAUGCUGUCCACGGCCAUUGUUAUGGAGGGAUUCGAUCUUAUCCUUCUCGGCGGUCUCAUUGGCUUUCCGCCAUUCGAAGAACGGUUCGGCGAUCUACAACCAGACGGGACGUACGAACUAUCAGCUACAUGGCAGACGGCCUUGAACAUGGGAUCGCUGGUAGGCCAGAUCAUUGGUCUCUUCCUCAAUGGCUACAUUGCGGAUCGAUUUGGUUACAGAUACACCAUGAUGGGCGGACUCACCCUGAUUGUUUCAUUCAUCUUUAUCCCAUUUUUCUCAAAUAGCAUCGCCAUGUUUCUAUGCGGUCAAAUCCUUCUCGGCAUUCCGUUCGGAUGUUUCCAGACUCUGGCGUGCACAUAUGCAUCAGAAGUUGUCCCGACACAACUCCGAGCGUAUCUCACCACCUAUGUUAACUUGUGCUGGGUUUUUGGCCAAAUCAUUGCUUCGGGCCUGCUGCGAGCUCUCGUCAACCGUGCAGAUAGCUGGGGCUACAGAAUUCCUGUGGCAGUACAAUGGUUCUGGCCCAUUCCCCUAUUCAUCGGCUGUUUGUUCAUUCCAGAGUCACCAUGGUGGCUUGUUCGGCAAGGAAGAAUCGAAGACGCGAAACGAUCGCUGGAGCGCCUGACAUGCAAGACGGACUCGUCCUUUAGUGUCGAUGAGACAGUCGCCAUGAUAAUUUACACGGACGAACAUAACAAGGCAAUCUCAGCGGGAACAUCCUAUCUUGAUUGCUUCAAGGGAUUCGACUUGCGUCGCACCGAAAUAGUCUGCAUGUGCUGGGUCUCUCAAGUGCUCUCUGGAUCCCCGUUGAUGGGUUAUUCGAGCUACUUCUAUCAGCAAGCCGGCCUAGACGUCAGCAACGCCUUCACCAUGACUAUUGCCCAAUUUUGCCUCGGCGGAGUCGGCACCAUCUGCUCGUGGUUCCUCAUGGGCCGAGCUGGCCGUCGCACGAUUUACUUGUACGGCCAAGGGUGUAUGGUGGUCGCCCUCUUGGCCAUUGGCUUUACCUCGCUGGCCGGCCGGUCCAACACGGCGGCGCAAUGGGCCAUUGGGUCUCUCCUGCUGGUGUUUACCUUUGUUUACGAUUGCACGGUCGGACCCGUCUGUUACACUCUGGUGGCUGAGCUGCCCUCCUCUCGACUGAGGACCAAGUCGGUUGUUCUGGCAAGGAACAUGUACAACCUGAUUAGCAUCGUGGCAACCAUCAUUACGCCAUCCAUGCUGAAUCCCACAGCCUGGAACUGGGGUGCCAAGUGUGGCUUCUUCUGGGCAGGGACAUGUUUUCUAUGCUUUAUUUGGACAUUUUUCCGACUACCUGAGCCCAAAGACAGAACCUUUGCAGAAAUUGAUGCGCUCUUUGAGAGAAAGACGCCGGCCAGAAAGUUCAAGUCGACGGCUGUCGAUGAGUUGAACCCAGAAAGUCUAGAGGAGAAGUCGGUCAUGGUACACGUAGAAAAUACGGAAAAGGUGGAAGUAGCAUAA